AGCAUGGUUAACUACACAUAACGUUGACUACAUGGUCAAUAAAUUUUUUGGUCUUCCACCGCAACGCGCUGGCAUUGUCCUAGUCUACUUAAAAAGCCGAUGACCAUUUUACCUGCCAGCCUGCCGCGCGCUGACAGCCCCAAACCCAUCCACAAGCAAAGCCGCGAUACCCGCGCGCUCUGUGACAACGGCGAUGGAAGUGACACUCCGCCGCUUCGAGCUCUCGGACGUGGACGCCAUGAUGACAUGGGCGUCGGACCUCGAGGUCGCCGCCUUCUGCCGCUGGGAGCCCUACGCCUCCACGGAAUCCGUCCUCGCCUACCUCCGCGACACCGUGCUCCCGCACCCCUGGUUCCGCGCCAUCUGCCUCGCCGGCGACGGCCUCCCCGUGGGCGCGGUGUCCCUGGAACCCACGGCGGACGCGUGCCGCGGGGAGCUCGGGUACGUGUUGGCCCGCGCGCACUGGGGCAGGGGCGUGGCCACGGCCGCCGUGCGGCGCGCGCUCGCCGCGGUCUUCGGCGAGGUUGAGGGGCUGUCCCGCGUGGAGGCGCUCGUGGACGUGGACAACGCGGCGUCGCACCGCGUGGUGGAGAAGGCUGGGUUCCGGCGCGAGGGCGUGCUCCGGAGGCACUACUGGCACAAGGGCCGCGCCAGGGACCUCGUCAUGUACAGCUUCGUCUCCGGCGACCCCUUGCCCCAGUGAACACCGUGCCGGAUGCCACUGCAUACGUCCGAAAAACUGCGUUUGGUGAACGCGACCUGCUGUGUAGCGUCGAGUGAAAUAAAAUCCGUGUUUGCAGUUAGUUUCUUG